AUGGCGCGAACCAUCGGAAACAAAUCGGGUCUUCACGACCUCCUGACCCGAUUCGUUAUCUCACGGCGGCCAUUGCAAACCGUAGCAUACGAAGAACUCCGGCCCUCCACUGACACAAAACCCUACCACUCCACCGCUUUUGUCCUCCAUGGCCUCCUGGGCUCCGCCAGAACCUGGAGAUCUUUCUCUCGCACCCUCCUCUCCAAUCUCUCCAGCCCAUCUAGUUGGAGAAUGGUGCUUGUGGAUUUGAGGAACCAUGGGAGGUCAGCUGAGAUCGAAGGUCUGAACCCACCUCAUGAUUUGGUCAAUGUGGCUAAUGAUUUGGCUCAUUUGAUUCAGACUCGAGGUUGGGCCUGGCCCGAUGUUGUUCUUGGCCACUCGUUUGGUGGUAAGGUUGCUCUGCAAUUUGCACAAAGCUGUGUUCUUGGUCACUAUGGUGACUCUGCUAAGGUGCCCAAGCAGCUCUGGGUAUUGGAUUCUCUUCCAGGAGAAGUGAACCCUGAAAACAGAAAUAAGGAAGUUGAGAGAGUUUUGCACACAUUGCAGAGUCUACCUUCAUCAGUUCCAUCACGAAAGUGGCUUAUGAAUCAUUUGACUGAACUUGGGUUCUCAAAAUCAUUGUCACAUUGGAUAGGCAGCAACCUCAAGAAACAUGGAGAUCACGAGACAUGGGCGUUUGAUCUUGAUGUUGCUGUCCAGAUGUUCAAUUCUUACCAGGAAAAGUCUUAUUGGCCUCUGUUGGAGCACCCCCCGAAAAAUAUGGAGAUAGCUGUCGUGCGCGGUGAGAACAGUGAUCGUUGGGACGCAGAAGAUAUUGAACAGCUUGAAAGCCUUGCCAACCGGGAAGGAGAUGGAUCGGAGGGGAAGGUUUCAGUUCACGUUCUUCCGGAAUCAGGCCAUUGGGUUCACGUAGACAAUCCAAAAGGACUUCUUGAGAUUGUGGCACCAAAGAUUUCAUCCCUUCGACCUUAA